UACGGCUCGCGAGAGUUGCUUUUGCGCGCGAACUCUAAGUGCCAGGGUCUCAGGGCCGGGUCGCGGCUGGUCACUGGGCAGGCGCUUGGGUGACGCGACGAUCUCAGCUGAUCUGGUCACCUUCGUCUCCCCGCCAUGGAGACCUCAGCGCUCAAGCAGCAGGAGCUGCCCGCGGCGGCCAAGAUCAGGAACCUGCCCUGCCGGGACCGAGCCGCAAAGGUUUUCUCCGACACCCCCCAGCUCCCCAGACUCGUCCGUCUGUUUAGGACUUUUGCCAGCUGUCACCCUUUGACGCCCAGCUCCAUUUGCCGAAGAAGAAGUCGGCUUUCGCACCUGGUGACAGCACAGGGGUUCGAUUCCACGUCUCCUGACACCUGCAAUGGCCUCCAUGCCAAAGUGCCCUCUUCCCACUCUUCAAAACCUGCGAUGCGACUACUGGUCACAUUUUAAACUAGUAAUAAGGCUCCCUGGUCAACUUUUAUUGGAUGGCAUAUUAUUAGAUUAGCAGACGCCCUGUUAGAUGUUCGAUCCUUACAAAGACCGUAAGAGGGUUGAAAAAUACCGGCCACAGACCCUGAAUGAUCUCAUUUCUCAUCAGGACAUUCUGAGUACCAUUCAGAAGUUUAUCAGUGAAGACCGACUGCCACACUUGCUUCUCUAUGGUCCUCCAGGGACAGGCAAGACAUCUACCAUCCUAGCCUGUGCGAAACAGCUGUAUAAAGACAAAGAAUUUGGCUCCAUGGUCUUGGAGCUGAACGCUUCAGAUGACCGAGGAAUAGACAUCGUUCGAGGACCAAUCCUGAGCUUUGCUAGCACAAGGACAAUAUUUAAGAAAGGCUUUAAGCUAGUGAUCUUGGAUGAAGCAGACGCCAUGACUCAGGACGCCCAGAAUGCCUUGAGAAGAGUAAUCGAGAAAUUCACAGAGAAUACCAGAUUCUGCCUCAUCUGUAACUAUCUGUCAAAGAUCAUCCCUGCCUUGCAGUCCCGCUGCACGAGGUUUCGGUUCGGUCCCCUGACUCCUGAACUCAUGGUUCCCCGCCUGGAACAUGUCGUGGAAGAAGAGAAAGUUGAUAUAAGUGAAGAUGGAAUGAAAGCACUAGUCACUCUUUCCAGCGGAGACAUGCGCAGGGCUCUGAACAUUUUGCAGAGCACCAAUAUGGCCUUUGGGAAGGUGACAGAGGAGACUGUCUACACCUGCACCGGGCACCCGCUCAAGUCAGAUAUCGCCAACAUCCUGGACUGGAUGUUGAAUCAAGAUUUCACCACAGCCUACAGAAAUAUUACAGAGUUGAAAACUCUGAAGGGGUUGGCACUGCAUGAUAUCCUGACAGAGAUACACUUGUUUGUGCAUAGAGUUGACUUUCCGUCUUCAGUUCGAAUACAUUUAUUGACCAAAAUGGCAGACAUUGAGUACAGGCUUUCUGUUGGCACCAAUGAGAAGAUCCAGCUGAGCUCCCUCAUUGCUGCAUUUCAAGUCACCAGAGACCUGAUUGUUGCAGAGGCCUAGAUGCUCCGAGGGCUGUUCACAAUUCUCAGGGCUCUGCAGUGACGGAAGAACAGAGGACAGUUCCGGGAUGAACUGCAGCCUGGGGUCGUGGGAUGAACCAGGCACUCUAAAUCUUGGAAAAACUCCUUUCCAGGACAGGAUGGGCAGGCAUUUUUAAAAGUACCAUUUUUUGUGGUGGUUUGGAGCAGAGAUGUACAAAAUAAUUUUAAUGUAUAACUCAUACUGCCCAUCUUUUAUAGGGGAAAAAAAUAACCUUUUUUAUUUUAAAGUUAUAAGGCUUUUACCUUUUAGUUGCUUGGAUGACAGGGAAUUAGCCUACCCCAUUUUGGUCUGGAACAGAAGACUUUCAAAUCUAAUAUGGUCCAAGUGUCUUCCUACUCAAGGUAAACAUCAUCUCCAAAAUUACAUUUACGAUUCUAAUAUUUGGCAUUAUGUCUUUAUCUAAUUUAAACAGAUGUUAACAAACGUCUGGCCAAAACUAUUAUACUUUUAUAAGAUGAGCUGAAUUCUCUGACUUUAAAAACUGGUCUAUUUACCCUUUGUGGUAGAAGAGUUACCAGCAGGUUCCAAAUUGAUGUGGAUGAUAGGAAAAAAAUUUUAAUUUUAAAUAUAAUAUAGAGCCUUAAACUAUGCCACUGGGGGGCAGAGGCUGUAUAAAACACACUUGUUUUCAUGCAGGAGAGGGGCAAGUAAGAUUGAGCCUGACUGUAAACCUAGAACUGUGGGAGGACUGGGACUUUUGUACAAAUUUCACAUUUAUUUUAUAGCAAUCAUGCUGCAUUUGUGUUAGUGUUCUUUAUAAUAAAAGACAAAGCAGCCUGCUGGCUGGCUGUGUUACAAGUGACUCUUCCGUAGACAGCUAGAAAGAUGCUGACUUUGUCAAACUUGCAUUUAUAUGAAAACCUUCCAUCUCUAAUAUCACAGAAUAAACUUUCUUUGGAUGCUGUUCUUUA